GCAAUUGUAAAAGAGACCUUGUUCUCAACUAGCCUACCUGGUUAAAUAAAGGUUAAAUGUACAAUGCCGUAACCCGGACUGCGCUGGGCCAUUUGUGCGCCGCAAAAUACCUCUUUCCUCUUCGCCGCACACUUCUGGUAAUAUCCCCUUAACCUACAUUAGGCGCACCGGUACUGGUCGACAACGUGCCUGUCCAUAUGCGCGCGUUAGGCUAAAUACCGUCCCUUUUAUUUAUUUGACAUUCUAUCAACUUACAUUCUCGGACAAAUCAAAGGUUUUUAUAAUAAAAUAAUUAUAGUGAUCGCUUGAGAUUUGUAAACUGAAAGUCUAAAAAACGUACAUUUUCUAGCACGUGCAUGAAUAGGUAGGUACGUAGGUAUACUCUGAGGGCUUCCUUUUAUGAGAGGACAGGCAGGUACAAUUUGAUAACAGGGUGUAAAUAACCUGCCGUCGUCCCUGGCUUGCUGCUGGACUGAUCACACUGGAGGCUACGGAAUGUCCAAAAUAAUGACAUUAGGAUGUCCUCUCAUUGAAUACUAGGCAUAGCCAAUAUAUAUUCUGCCAUGAAAAUCACACUGCAGUAUAGGUUCUUCCUCUAUUGAAAGGUGUGGCCAUGAAUCAUUGGGAGGCAACAUACAUAAUUGCACCAGUAGGAAACAGUUCUUUUCCAACUGUGCGCCCAAAGCAGUAGACUGGGAUACAGAGGUCACAAGCAGAAAAGCAGCGACACCUUUAGCUUACUGGACACGUUUAACUCGGAAUAGAUCGUACCGUGGAAUUUAUAUCAAAAGGAUUUACGCCUCAUUCUGAGUGUAUUUUCGCUAACUCAAAAGAAAAACAGCGAUGAAUAUUUAUCUCAGAUUUGCAAUUUUUAUCGUUUAUGGAUCAGUGUCUUUCAGGUUAUCAAAUGGUACCUCUGCCAAUACCAUUGACAGGCACGGGGAUAAGUCUCCUGUCCAAUUAGCUGUGGUCAGUCUCCUCCACAAUGAUAAGGAAAUAAGAGACAACCAGCUAGAAUAUGACGAGGAGGUAUACUACUAUGAACAUGGUGAUGAGGACUAUCUGUCUGGCGAUUAUGAAAUGGACUUUCCAAAAGUGGCAUUUUCCACCAAGCCGAAAGAUCUGCCCGUAGCUCCUUACACAGACAGGACAAGGGAGGGCAAGAGAAAAGGAAAGGGUAAGAAGAGGAACCCCUGUCUGAGGAAGUAUAAAGACUACUGCAUUCAUGGGGUCUGCCAAUACCUGAGAGAACUACGAGAGCCAUCCUGCAUAUGUUUGCUUGGAUACUCUGGUGAACGGUGUCACCUUUUCACCCUGCCAGUCACAAAGGAAGCAGAAGUCUACAACAGGACAAUAGCACUGGCUGUGGUGGCAGUGGUUGUGUCCUUUCUGUGUCUGACAGUCAUCGCCAUAUUAAUGGCCAUCAGGUAUCAUAAGCAAGGUCAAUACAACCUUGAAAAUGAGGAGAAGGUCAAGCUUGAGGCGGUCGCAUAUCCUUGAGAAUUUAGUGACAGACUAGGAGGAUGACAAUUCUACCUCAGUUCAUUUUAAGAUGAAGUUCAUCCCCAAGAGGAACCUGUGGCGAUGUAGGGGGAGAUGGAUUAUGUUUACCACGUAGGACACCUGCCCGGCAUGGUCUGACAGACCUCCUGAAAGACAGUCUGGAUAGCAAACCAUGAUUAUAUGCGUGGGCCAUUUCCCAAUUGGAACAGAAAUCUCCAUUAACUAAUUGGGGCACACUAACUUGCCUGAAGUCAUUUUACAUGACACGGAGGAAUUAAAACAGACCGAGGACAGAAUUUAGGGAAUUUAGAUUGUUGUCAGUUGGUGUCACUACCAACGUGCCGCUCAUCCCUCAAGCUAUCUGACGUACAGUAUGACAAUAGGGAAUUUAUUGUGGGCUCUCAGCUGUGUGGAGUUUUCCUUCUCCAUCUGAAAUGUUCCAUUAUUUGUAGAAAAGGGUGCAAAGGGUGCCUAUGUUCCAUUAUUUGUAGAAAAGGGUGCAAAGGGUGCCUAUGUUCCAUUAUUUGUAGAAAAGGGUGCAAAGGGUGCCUAUGUUCCAUUAGGUCUUUGUAUGUGGUUUUUACCAGAACUUCUCAUUGUAUUAUUGGUGUAUUGUAUCAAUCAGUCCUUUAACUAAUGUAUUUAUUUAAUACUUAAGUGGUACUUAUUCACAUUUGUACUGGCUUGUUUUAUGUUCAGAGUGCACUGGCAGUUUGUUUGUAUGCUUCUGUAUUCUGUCAAAUUUAUGUUAAUAUGUAUUUAUAGUGUAAAACAACAUGCUGCUCAUGUUUUGAUCUAACAUUUUUGGUUAUACCAAAAAUAAUAAACUUAUAUAAAAAAUAUUUAAAAAAUGCAGAAGAAAUUCUGAAGGUGAAAGAGCAUUCAUUAUGUACUUCCUUCUAUUUCACUGAUUGAUAGAGUGAGGGUUGAACCGUCAAUGAUGCUAGAAAUUAAACGUUUCGUAAAAAGAAAAUAAGAGGAAUAAGGACAGAGUUUGAUGUAAACUGCAAUUUGAUGAAACAUCAACUUGACAAAUGUUUUCAGAAUGAAAAUGGCAAAAAAAAUAAAACACAGCUUUUCA